UCUACCCGGGAUUAUAUAAUGGAGCCCUCCAUCUUUAACACUCUGAAGAGGUAUUUUCAGGCAGGUGGGUCUCCGGAGAAUGUUAUCCAGCUACUGUCUGAGAACUACACUGCCGUGGCCCAGACCGUCAACCUGCUGGCUGAGUGGCUCAUUCAGACAGGUGUUGAACCAGUGCAAGUUCAGGAAACUGUGGAAAAUCACUUGAAGAGUUUAUUGAUCAAACAUUUUGACCCCCGCAAAGCAGAUUCUAUUUUUACCGAAGAAGGAGAGACCCCAGCUUGGCUUGAACAAAUGAUUGCACAUACCACGUGGAGAGAUCUUUUUUACAAACUGGCUGAAGCCCAUCCAGACUGCUUGAUGCUGAACUUCACUGUUAAGCUGAUUUCUGACGCAGGGUACCAAGGGGAGAUAACGAGCGUGUCCACAGCCUGCCAGCAGCUGGAAGUGUUCUCUAGAGUGCUCCGUACCUCUCUAGCUACAAUUUUGGACGGAGGAGAGGAAAACCUUGAAAAAAACCUCCCUGAGUUUGCCAUGGUGUGUCAUGGGGAGCACACGUACCUGUUUGCCCAGGCCAUGAUGUCCGUGCUGGCCCAGGAAGAGCAAGGAGGCUCCGCCGUGCGCAGGAUCGCACAGGAGGUGCAGCGCUUCGCCCAGGAGAAAGGUCAUGAUGCCAGUCAGAUCACACUUGCGCUGGGCACAGCUGCCUCCUACCCCAGGGCUUGUCAGGCUCUUGGGGCCAUGUUGUCCAAAGGAGCCCUGAAUCCGGCCGACAUCACAGUCCUCUUCAAGAUGUUCACAAGCAUGGACCCGCCUCCUGUUGAACUUAUCCGGGUGCCGGCCUUCCUGGACCUGUUCAUGCAGUCGCUCUUUAAACCAGGGGCCCGGAUCAACCAGGACCACAAGCACAAGUACAUCCACAUCUUGGCGUAUGCUGCCAGCGUGGUUGAGACCUGGAAAAAGAACAAGCGCGUGGGCAUCAACAAAGAUGAGCUGAAGUCAACGUCAAAAGCCGUGGAGACUGUUCACAACUUGUGCUGUAAUGAAAACAAAGGGGCCUCCGAGCUAGUGGCCGAGCUCAGUACACUUUAUCAGUGCAUUAGGUUCCCAGUGGUGGCCAUGGGUGUGCUCAAGUGGGUGGACUGGACUGUGUCAGAGCCGAGAUACUUCCAGCUACAGACCGACCACACCCCAGUACACCUGGCCUUGCUGGACGAGAUCAGCACCUGCCACCAGCUCCUGCACCCCCAGGUCCUGCAGCUGCUUGUUAAGCUUUUUGAGACGGAGCACUCCCAGCUGGACGUGAUGGAGCAGCUUGAGUUGAAGAAGACCCUGUUGGACAGGAUGGUUCACCUACUGAGUCGAGGUUACGUACUUCCUGUUGUCAGUUACAUCCGAAAGUGUCUGGAGAAGCUGGACACUGACAUUUCGCUCAUUCGCUAUUUUGUAACUGAGGUGCUGGACGUUAUCGCUCCCCCGUACACCUCUGACUUCGUGCAGCUCUUCCUCCCCAUCUUGGAAAACGACAGCAUCGCAGGCACCAUUAAAACAGAGGGCGAACAUGACCCCGUGACGGAAUUUAUAGCUCACUGCAAGUCUAACUUCAUCCUGGUGAACUAAUUCAGUGCACCCUCCGGAGCUGACGCAGAACGUUCCGAGACCAGUUGUGGGAAAGCCCUCCCAGGAGCCGUUGCCGAAGAGGCCCCGUCCACAUCUUGGGACCGGGCCCUGGGGGAGGAGGUGGGGACUGUGGAGCCGCUACUACGGGCGGCCCCCUCUCCUAGGGGCUCGCGCUGCCCCCAGACCCUGCUGCCCGUGUUCUCCCCCUGGCGGAGGAACGGAGUCCCUCCCGCGGGCUGCAGCGAGCUCGGGACCAGAGACUCGGAGAUGAACUACCUUCCGAGGUGACUUUUCUCACAAGAACCCGAUUGGUUGACAUUUUGUCAUGUUAAUUUUCCAAGAACAAAUUAAAAAGUCUUUCUGCUGGAUCGGCAGGUG